CAACCUCAGAGUGAGCAGUGUUUCUCCUUGUCCUUCCUCCCUACCAAGAGUUUCCUGGGUCUUCCCCAAAGCCAAGAUGAAAGUCUUCUUCAGCCUGAUCCUCUUCUCUCUCGUGCUGGCUACAUGUCAAGGAGCAUGCUUUCUGGAUACCUUUAAAUUGGAGUUUAAAGAUGGGAAACCGGUGAGUUCCACCGUAUGUGUUGAUGUCUUCGAUCAGACAAGGCAUCUCAUUGGGUCCACUUGGAACACAGCUAAUUGUUUCAGAUGUGAGUGCGACAAUGAUGGAAUGUCAUGCUGCCACAGAUAUGGUGGCAUUGGACUUAUCGAAGGGUGCAAAACGGUGAUAAAUCCAGUAACAUGUGAACAAGAGCACUAUAGAAUUGAUGACCCAUCGCAGCGCUGUGGUGUCUGAUGUCUUCACGUGGAUGAACCUGAAUAAAUCUCUCACAUCCGCAUCUUAAA